GGUCGGAGUGAUGGUGGGCGUUACGCGAGCGCGCAGGGUGUUGUGUUGCCUGCAGACAGAACUGCUGCGCGCGCGUGCCACAGGUGCAGCUGCCGUUACACCGAGCGCGUGCACAGCGAGGAACGUUCCGCCCGGUGUGUGGCGUGUCCGGCCUCCUCUUGCCGUGCUUCGGGUGCAGCGCUGCCGACAUUCUCUGUAAAGCUGCCUGCAGCGGAGUGGGAGAUGGCCCAGCAGUGGGUGAGGAGAAACGGCUCCCCCACACCUCCGGGAACCCCGGCCGGUGCCGUUCCGGGCGGAGCUCCUCCGGGGAGCCGCCUUCAGCCCAUGCGGGCCACGGUUCCCUUUCAGCUGAAGCAGCACGGCAGCCCUACGCGGGUGAACAACAACAACGGGGCCGCCCUGCGCCCGCCCUCCCGGAGCGGCAGCCCUACCAGAGGAAGCGGGGGCAACGGUGUGGAGUCCCCCCCGGCUGUCAGCAGCUCCAGAGGAAGUCCUACCGUGUCCACCCAGACCGGAUCGUCACCCACCCGAGGACAUCAUCACCACCACCAUCAUCAUCACCAUCACUCCCACCAUCACCACCAUCAUCAUCACAACAGCCAGUCCGGAUCCCCCUCCUCCAGCAGCCCGGCUGUGGACUCCAGUACACCGGGAGUACCGUCCUCCUCCUCCCCUUCUCCGGUGGGAAGGCCAGGCUGGCAGCAGAGGAGCUCCCCUGAGAGCAAGAGCCCGAGCUCCCCCAAAGGAAAUAAACUGCAACCACCUUCAACAAGUCCUUCCAGCUUAAUUCGGCGUACGUCUUCACUUGAUACUCUUUCUGCACCUUACCUCUCUGGUCAGUGGCCUAGGGAACAUGGGCAGGCUGCUCCAUGUAUGUGUGACAAGUCUACUCAGACAGAAAGUGCUUGGGCUGAGGAGUAUGCUGAAAAGAAGAAAAGCUCUCACAAGCGAUCUGCAUCCUGGGGCAGCAAUGAGCAGCUGAAAGAGAUUGCUAAGUUACGUCAGCAACUUCAAAGAAGUAAACACAGCAGCAGACACCAUCGGGAUAAGGAUAGACAGUCUCCCUUCCAUGGAAACCACACUGCAAUUAACCAGACAUCCAUGUCCAAGAAUGUACUCACCCCAAUGACUAUACCCAUUACAAAGUCCUCUGGGUCCAGAUUCCGGAACAGCGUGGAAGGGCUGAACCAGGAGGUCGAGAUUAUCAUUAAAGAAACUGGAGAGAAGGAAGAACAGCUCAUGCAUGGAGAAUGCUCAGGCCUUCCUGAUGUCAAUGGGAACAUUACAAUGAUUUUCCAGCAUCUACAUCUUCAGCCACAAGAUAUCCCAGAUGGACAUCGUGCUCCGCCACCUCUUGCCCUUCGGAGUGUAGAUACACAAACACCUGGAAAUGACCGCAGUAACAACAGCAGCCGUGCACAAUCCAUAUCUCCGGCUUCGUUCAUUACUAUAUUGCAUGAUUGUAAUGAGGAAAGCCCACGUUCGACUGACGACACGCUGGCAGAUCCCAGAGACAAAGAAAAUGGAAAUCAUUCUCCUCUUCCCAAGUACGCUACUUCUCCCAAACCAAAUAACAGCUACAUGUUCAAGAGAGAGCCACCUGAGGGCUGCGAGAAGGUGAAAGCGUUUGAAGAAGGCUUGGCAAAGCCACUACAAGAAAUCCCACCAUUCUAUUGUCCAGACAAGAACAAAGUAAACUUUAUUCCAAAGAGUGGGUCUGCCUUCUGCCUUGUCAGCAUCCUGAAGCCUCUUCUACCCAAUCAGGAAUUUUCCUUCAAAGGCACAAGCCACAGUUUGACCGUGCCUUCUGGUAUACCUUCUUCGUUAGUUCAGAAUUUCAGCCUGGCCUCCAUAUCCUCUACCAUGGAACAGGAGCGCAGUUCUCGCGGUACAAAUACACUUGUAUCACCAAUGUCUCUACUGCACCCUACUGGCCAGAUUGAUGAGGAAGAGGACUAAAUAUGGGGCAUCUUUCUCCUGUCUGGAGGACUGAACUGAUUUCAUGAUGAAUGACUCUAGCUGCAGCAUUUGUUAUAUACUGAUUUAAUUGCUGACCGUAUUUCUGAAUUUGGACGAACAGCAUGCCUUACCAUUGAUGGUAUUGAGAUGAAGUAGUCUGCUCAGUGUCUGAUACUGGAAAGGGCUUUAAUUGUUAGCUUUUUCUUGUCACUUUUUUUUCUUUAAAUAUGACUACCGCUGCCAGUGUAACUGCCAUAAUGUCUGGGUAGCUUAAUUAUGAUGAACUGGUAGAAAUAAUACCAGCGUUCCCAUUAUAUGGCCAAUUUGCUGUAGUAUUUUUUAUUUUAUUUUUCCCCAAACUUUAUCCGACUGUUACAAUAGAAGUAUAUUUAAUAGAUGCCGUGUAUAGGGUAGUGUUACACUGGCUCUGUCUGUGCACUGAAGGCAUAUCAUACACUGGAGCACUGUGUUCUGCUCCUUAUGCCUGCACCUUGCAAAACUUAUCAAUUUGAAUGUGCUGUAGAGUGACAGAAUCACAGCUCUCAUUCUGUAUUAUGAUGAUUUUCUAUGUCCAGUAUACUGUAGAUGCAGAAGGUGCCGUUGUGAAACGGCACUUGAACUUUUACUCACACGACUUGUGGGUUGCUAGAAAAGCAUUACGCUGAAAGCUAUGCUUCAUGAAAGGUAGGGGUAUGGAACAGCUGCUAUGCUGGAGAUUACCAGUGCUAUUUAUUUAAUUAGGUUAAUGUACCCAUAGUGAAAUAAUUUAAAGGUGAAAAGACAUGUUUUACUUCUGCACCUGUACUUACAUAUGUGUUAGGAAAGUUGGAGUUUAUGUGUAUGUGAUUAUAUGCUUGAUUUCAGCUAUGAGGACCAAUCUUUUGGGAUGUAUUCAGGAAAAUCUAGCUCUGUUAUACCCCCUGUCAGGAAUGGCAGACUGUAAAUAAAUUAUAAUAAGAGGCCAAGGAUAUCAAGUUCUAGUUGAUUAACAAGUAUAACUGUGUUACAUGACAUUAAAUGUAGCUGCUGCAUUUUCCAUGUAUUCCAGGAUCAUGGUUAUUAUAUAGUCAAUCACCAAUUUGUUGCUUUAUAAAUACUUUUCAUUUUAAUAGGAUGAUGUCUCCAUUGUGGUAUGCAACUCCGCAUUGGGGUUUAUUAUGGAUUUUUUUUAUUUUUCUCGUUCAUUAAGGAACACAGUAUUUGGAGACAGUUGGGUUAUACUGCCGCUAACCAGAGGAUUGGGAUACCGGUAAAAA